UCACUAUCACGGUGUUAUCAACAUCCUAUGUCCUAAAAGCCCGCGACUCGUUUAGUAGCAGGAAAACCACCAGCCAUGUGGCGUCUACUUGUUUUGAUUUUUGCAAUUUAUAUUUGUGAAGGAAAGAAUUUGAAAACGGAAUUAACCGAUCCAGAAUGGAGAGAAGUGGUGUCAGCUGGAGGAAUGCACAUCGGUCACGGGCGGACUAAAAGAUUCGUUGAGCUUAAUGAAAACCAGCCAAAUAUUCCUUACCAGGCUUGUCUCCUUCCCAAUGGCGCGAGUGGUCACUGCCGUCAUCUCCACUACUGCAUCCAGGAAGACUUCAAGAAGGACUUCAUGAAGUUCAUGGAUUAUCUCUGUAUCAUCAAUCAUUCAGCUAUUGGAGUGUGCUGUCCGGACGGCAUGGGUGGAGGAAACCCUGACGCUGUGGCCGGGGACCUGCCUGCCACCGCACCCAGAGAAGAGAACGACCUUUCGCUAAAGAUAGAUCGCGCUGAGAACAGAGGUUGUGGUUUAAGCACUCGGGCUCAAGGCAGGAUAACCGGCGCGCAGCCAGCCAAUCCUCGAGAGUGGCCCUGGAUGGCGUCCAUCACCCCUGAGGGCUUCGAGCAGUACUGCGGAGGGGCUCUCAUCACAGAUAGACAUGUGCUCACCGCUGCUCACUGUCUUAUUAGAUGGAAGGCAGACGAACUAUUCGUACGCCUCGGAGAAUACGACUUCAGACGCAGCAACGACUCCCGCUCCUACAACUUCAGGGUCGUUGAAAUUCGCCGCCACGAGAUGUUUGACAAAUCCACCUACCACCACGACAUCGCCAUAUUGAAACUCCACAGACCAGUCGUGUUCAAUACAUACGUGUGGCCAAUAUGCUUGCCACCACGUGGACUGCCCAUGGAUGAAGAAGUGGCUACCGUUAUUGGUUGGGGUACACAAUGGUACGGUGGUCCACACAGCCAAGUGUUAAUGGAGGUAGCUGUGCCGAUAUGGAAUAGAGAUACCUGUAUCAAGUCCUUCACUGAUUCAGUUUUUAAUGAAACUAUAUGCGCCGGUGGAAAAGAAGGAGGAAAAGAUGCUUGUCAGGGUGACAGUGGUGGUCCACUGAUGUACCAGAUGUCGAGUGGUCGCUGGGCGGUGGUAGGGGUCGUGUCCUGGGGCAUUCGCUGCGGUGAACCCAACCACCCUGGCCUGUAUGCACGCGUGGACAGAUACCUUGAGUGGAUUCUGAAGAACGCUAUAUUCUAACAUCAUCAGAUUUCUGACUAUGUGACCAUACGUCUCGCUAUAGGCGGACAAUCCUAGAGCUAAAUGUUCCGCUUUCGCAAAAGACAAUUUAAGAAGCAUUUUUGGUUAUUUUAUUUAGUUAAAAUAAUUAUGUAAUUUUUGCACUUCCUAUCUUCGUUAAAAAUAUUUGUAAAAUACCAAAAACAGUUUUUUUACAUGAUAUUUGGCGGAGUGUCCUUGCUUUAUUAAAAAAAUGGUCACGUUAGGUGGACUCUAUAACUCUUUAAAAAAAAGUGUCUUGUUUUAAGAUUUAAUUUCAAUAAAUACAAUGAUAUGAAACGAAA